CGGCUUCCGUCGAUGACCGAGCAAGAUGGCAGCUUCCGAGACGGUUAGGCUACGGCUUCAAUUUGAUUACCCGCCGCCAGCUACCCCGCACUGCACGGUCUUCUGGCUUCUAGUGGAUUUGAACAGAUGCCGAUUUGUCACGGAUCUCAUUAGUCUCAUCCGACAGCGCUUCGGCUUCAGUUCUGGGGCCCUCCUCGGCCUUUACCUGGAAGGGGGGCUCUUGCCCCCAGCGGAGAGCGCGCGCCUGGUGAGAGACAACGAUUGCCUCAGAGUUAAAUUAGAAGAGAGAGGAGUUGCUGAGAAUUCUCUCAUAAUCAGUAAUGGUGACAGUACUCAUCUAUCACCCAGGAAAGCAAAGAAGCGGGCGUUUAAGUUAGAGGAGGAUGAAGAAACUGAAGUAGGUUACAGAUACUCCAAGAAACAAUGGAAGAGGCAAGAGAACAAUAGCAAUCUUGAGAAGGCCUUGGAUCUGGAGCCAAAAGCUAUUACAGAUCAGACCGUGAGGAAAAAAAGUAAGCGAAAAAACAAAGCAACGUGCGGCGUAGUGGAUAAUGAUGAUGAAGAGACCAAAAGAAAAUCACCAAAGAAAAAGGAGAAGUGUGAAUAUAAAAAAAAGACUAAGACUGCCAAGUCUGCACAAAUGCAAGUGGUGAAAGAGCAGACCGCCCAGAGCAAUCCUCCCAAAGGUUCUGUCAAAAACAGCCUGGUGAAAGCCAGAAAGAAAGGGGGUGUAGGCAUUUGUUCAAAAGAUAGUCCCACUUCCUCCUCCGAGUCUGAGUACAACGACGACUCCAAUGAUGAUCUCAGCAAUGUCACCUUGGAGACCAGAAAUUCUUCACAGAAAAUCCCAACUGAGUUAUCAAAGGCAGGAGCCUCUACAAAAAUGACAGCUGCGAACAAACUGGCUACCAAAGCGGGCUUUACCCCCAGCCAGGACAAAAUCUCGGGAACAUCUUCUAGUUCAGACUCUAUUUCCGAGUCAGAUGACCAGUGUGUGGUAUCAAAGGGCACCCCAGAGAGUACUGCGAGUUUCUUAAAGACCAUAGGCCUCUUUGCCGGAAGAGGUUGUCCAGGUCCAGGGCUGUUAUCACAGUCUCCAAUUGCUGCUAGAUGGAAGAAUUCUGACUCAAAUGCUACCAAGCAGGCUCCUGGUCCUCCCAAUGUUUCUCUCCCCAUUACUUUAGGGAGAGGAUGGGGUAGAGGAGAGGACCUUCUCUCUUGGAAGGGAGCAAGGGGUCGGGGCAUGCGGGGGAGAGGUCGAGGACAAGGGCCUGCCUUUUCUGGUGUUUUAAAUAGAAAUGCUGAGUACCAGAAGCAGCAGCAGUUAAGUGAAAUAGUAACCAACUCGUCCACUGUUAUCCAGAAUCCAGUGGAGACACACAAGAAGGACUAUACUCUGUUACCGCUGUUGGCAGCUGCCCCUCAAGUUGGAGAGAAGAUCGCAUUUAAGCUUUUGGAACUUACAUCCGAUUACUCUCCUGAUGUCUCCGACUAUAAGGAAGGAAAAAUACUAAGCCACAAUCCAGAGACCCAGCAAAUAGACAUCGAAAUCCUUUCAUCCUUACCCGCCUUGAAAGAACCUGGGAAAUUUGAUUUGGUUUAUCACAAUGAAAAUGGAACCGAGGUAGUGGAGUAUGCUGUGACGCAGGAGAAGACGAUCACUGUUUUCUGGAGAGAGUUGAUUGAUCCAAGGCUGAUUAUUGAAUCUCCAAGUAAAACAUAGAACUUGCCUGAGUAUGAGCUCUCCAUCUCAUAGUAUAUAUAAAUGUUUGUUUAUGAAAGUGACUAUAACCUUACCUUUUUUUUUUAAAAGAGGAUUUGAAAGUUGUAUGGUUUUUGUUAUCUUCACUUUACUACAUAGGAAAAUCUACCUCAUCAUUUUAGAUGACAUGGGUAUUGGUUUUAUAGACAUUUUUUCAGGUUUAAUUUCGGUUUCAAAAAUUUAAGACAUGACAUUCCCUGCAGGUGUUGCUAGAUACCAACAUACAUGGUUUCUUCUCCUCUUUUACAUCUUCGACCAUCAAGUAGUGAUCGUCCGUGGCCGUUUGUAAUACCAAGUACAAGAGCGUGCUGCAUAUCUUGUCUCAAUACGUUUUAUUAAGUAACAUUUUACAACAUGAACGUGUGUUACUUGACCCAAUUUUUUAACAUUAGAGUUCUGUUAAAUGGAACAUCUUAGAAAUUUCAAGUAUUUUAUACUUGGCAGUUGUUAAGAAUUAAACAGGUAGUUGGACUUGUUGUAAGCAAUGAGUUAGGGAAUCCUUUCACAUUUUUCCUAACUUUAAAAUUAAGGAUUCUCAGGGCCCUGUGUAGAGCAGUGAAGGUGAGACCUUGUGCGAGUGCCUGAAGAACUGGUGUUCCACUUGGGUGAGGGGAUUGGCUGUGAGCUUCAGGCCAGGGAAUGUGUCAUCCUGCUACAUGACGCAGCGCACCUGGCCGAGUAUGCUGGAGUUAGGAUCUCGAACAGAAACUUCUUUUUCUGUUACUAUUCGAUACAAAGCUAAAGUGGCUAAAUAUAUACUGUGAAAAUUGCUUUCUUUUAACAAAAGAUCAUAUCCCUCCUUCAGCUUUGCAAAUUUUUAAAUAAAACCUUAUUGAACUAAA